CUUAGGUUUGCGGUUCUAUCUGAUCUUUGAUCAUUCGUUGUCGUGUGUCAUUUGUAUUAUUAACACCGAUUACUGAUUCCUGUCUUUGUUCAUCCUUGCUUCAUACUUAAUCAUUAGGGAAAAUGAUGAACGCAAAUGCGAUUAAAUUCAGAAGUUGUUACGUCGUGAUGGGAUUUUCGAUUCCAACGUUUUAGGAUAAAGAAACUUUUGAGAAUCCUAAGGCAAAAGGGGGUUUUAUUAUAUGGGGCGAGCAUUGGAAUCAUCUGGUGCUCUUUUUCCAGUUUGCUGUUGUGAUCUAAGCUAUCUUAAAACUUGGAAUGGCUUGUUUCCAGAGAAAUAUUCCCACAGAGAGGGAGAAUGAGCAGGCGAUAGCGAUUCUGAAGAAAGGAGCAUAUCUAUUGAAAUACGGACGGCGUGGGAAGCCUAAAUUCUACCCUUUUCGCCUUUCAAGCGAUGAAAUAUAUUUGUUAUGGUAUUGUGGCAAAAAGGAGAAACGUCUUAAACUGAGUUCUGUGACAAGGAUCAUACCUGGACAGCGAACUAACUUUUCCAGGCAGUUUUCCGACGAUAUCCUCAACCCACCAAGGAAUAUCAGUCCUUCUCUCUUAUAUAUGGCGACCGGUCUCUGGAUUUGGUAUGUAAGGACAAGGAUGAAGCUGAGUUCUGGCUCACUACCCUUCGCGCUCUUCUCUCACGAAACAACUCUUCCGCAUUGGUACUGCACUCAAGAAGCCGUAGUCUUGCUCCUGAAAAUGGUGAACAAAGUAGUUCGAGCAAGAACUCUAAGUCCAACAUUAGAUCCGUCAGCAGUGACACAAGCUACGAGGUUUUGUUGGUUGUUUUCUCUCUUCACGAGAGCAUCAUCGGGUCGUUUCCUACUUAAUAUCUUCCUGCCUCAUCUGGCACUUUUGCAGGAACAUGCGAAAAAGGCCUCAGGAUCUCACUGCAACACUCCACAGAGAUUGGGGAAAGUUUUCUCAGAAGUUUUGUCACAAACUGCAGUACUAAAGGCACUCUCUUUGGACGAACUGGUCCAUAAAACUCAUACUCCGCCUCCAGAGGAAAUAGAGAAUCGAUCUACUAAUCACUCCCCUGCCGUUGAUACAUGUAAAUAUAGCAUUUCCAGCGCAGUGAGCUCAUCUAGUCAAGGAUCUUCUUUUGACGACUUGAAGUCUCUCUGUGAUGUCUUCGUUUGGGGAGAAAGUAUUGAAGAGGGGCUAUUAGGAGGUGGUAUGCACAAAAGCGGAAGCAGCUCUUCUCUAAUGGCUGAAUCUUUUUUGCCCAAAGUCCUGAAAUCACAUGUGGCACUUGAUGCCCAAAGUAUUUCUUGCGGCACCAAUUAUGCAGUGUUAGUCACAAAGCAGGGACAGAUGUACAGCUGGGGAGAAGAAUCUGGUGGAAGGUUAGGACAUGGAGCUUGUUCCUACGUUCCACAGCCAAAACUUAUUGAUGAAUUUGAUGGAGCAACUGUGGAAUUAGCUGACUGUGGAGAAUUUCAUACUUGUGCUGUAACAGCUUCAGGGGAUUUAUAUGCUUGGGGCGAUGGAGUACAUAAUGUCGGUCUCCUUGGACUUGGUAGUGAAGCUAGCCAUUGGAAACCAGUACGAAUUCUCGGUCAGAUGGAGGGUAUAAAUGUAAAAGCUAUAUCUUGCGGACCUUGGCAUACAGCUUUUGUGACGUCAGAAGGUAAGCUGUUUACAUUUGGUGAUGGUACCUUUGGUGCGCUUGGGCAUGGUGAUCGUAUAAGCACAAAUAUACCUAGAGAAGUUGAUGCGCUAAGUGGCUGCAGAACAAUAAGAACAGCUUGUGGUGUUUGGCAUUCAGCUGCUGUUGUCAGUGUUUUCGGUGAGGCGACAUCAUCAGGAAAGCUCUUUACUUGGGGUGAUGGAGAGGAUGGGAGACUCGGACAUGGUGAUAUUGAGUCUAGGUUACUCCCAUCCUGUGUAACUGAACUGGAUACAACUAGCUUUCAACAGGUAGCUUGUGGUCAGAGCAUUACUGUUGCUCUCUCUGUGUCUGGACAAGUUUACGCAAUGGGAAUUGCUGAUCCGAGUCAAGAUAGUGUUGUGAGAGCUCCUUCUUGCAUUGAAGGGGGUCUUGGAAAGAGUUUUGUCCAAGAAGUGGCUUGCGGGUUUCACCAUAUAGCGGUUUUGAACGCAAAAGCUGAGGUCUACACUUGGGGGAAAGGAUCAAACGGACAGCUUGGGCACGGAGACACCGAUUAUAGACGCAUGCCGACUCUUGUGAAAGCUUUGAAAGGUAAACAAGUGAGGAAAGUGGCGUGUGGUUCUAAUUACACAGCAACCAUCUGUCUUCACAAACCAAUUACAGGUACUGAUAGCUCUAGGUGCUCUGGUUGUCACCAUCCUUUUAAUUACAUGAGGAAGCUCCACAACUGUUAUAACUGUGGGAGUGUCUUCUGUAAUUCAUGCACUAGUAAGAAAUCCUUAGCAGCAGCCAUGGCUCCCAAGACGAACAGGCCGUACCGUGUUUGUGAUGACUGCUAUAUCAAACUCGAAGGAGUUAGAGAAUCUUUAGGAACCCCAGCGAAUAGUGCCAGAUUUUCAAAUGCAAGUCUACCAUCUAGCAUUAACGAUAUGGACGAAUUUGGCAUAACAUCGCAGCGUCAGCUUCUUAGGGUGGAUUCGUUUGAUUUCUUCAGACAAACUAAGAUGCCGGACCUGAAAACCAUCGGUGAAACUUCGGGAGCAAGCUGCACAACGUCAUAUCACUCGAAUAUGGAUAUGAAAGGUAAUUUUAACAUGAAAGGCAUACGACAACUCUCCAGGCUAACCUCUUUUGAUUCAGUUAAUCAAGAAGGCAAACAACGUUCCAAGCAUUGCGCUUCAAAAUCAGACACAUCUUCUCUUAUAAGACACUCAGUGACUUCUGGUAUCCCGUUUUCGCGAAGAGGUUCUGUUGAGCUGUUUCCCUUGUCGAUAAAAUCCAGUCCGGUCGAAUCUGUUGCUACUACUUCCGACUUCACCAAUGACAUUACAGAUCAUGAGUUACUGCAAGAAGGGCCAAAGAAAUCCAAUCAGUGCAUGAGCCAUGAAAUAUCAGUACUCAAAGCACAGGUGGAAGAGCUUACCCUAAAAUCAAUACAACUAGAAGCCGAACUGGGAAUGACUUCAAAGAAACUCGAAGUAGCGGUGUUAAUGGCGCGUGAUGAUGCAGAGAAGAUCAAAUCUUCAGAAGAGAUAGUUAGGUCCCUAACUUUGCAGUUGAUGAACGGAACCAAGAAAGAAGUAGACAACACAAAGAGACGCCGAAGCUCGUUUUGAUUUACACCUUUUUAACUAUAGAGAACAACCUCUCAUUUGAUCAAAGUAAGUGAAUAGAUUGAGAAUUCUGGGGUUGAAUGUAAAAAUACAUUUUCUUUAUCAGAUUACAUAUACCAAAACCAAACAAACGUAGUAAUUACUUACAGAGCAGAGCAGAGCAAGAAGCCAAGAACAGAGAGCUCACAAAUACACUUAUGAACUCGAAAUUGAUAAACAGAGAGAAAAA